AUGCCGUACCCCCCUGACGGCUGCCACAACCCAGGCCAUGGACUUCAAUCCACCCCUCUACUUCGGUCCAAGUCUACGAUUGCUCUCAAACGGAUACCGACACAUCCCCAUGCGCCGGUAACCUCGCCAUACGCCGAAGCCUCUCUGAGAUUUAGUCUCAUUAUUCCUCUAACCUUAGCGCCACUCAGUUCACGACAUGUCCACGUUCAUAAUAUUAUCCCGGCCGUUAUUGCGCCAACUCUUGCUGCCCGUCCGUUCUCAUUGUCACUUCGCCACGCCACUGUUUUUGGCGUGGACAGCAUACAAAGCGCAUCUACAUUUGACAAGAACGCCUCCACUCCUUUCCUCAUCGACUCCUCCGAAACCAUCACACGGUCGUCCCUCUAUAUCGUCCCACAAGGUCGCUAUUUCCCUCCAUCGAAGUCAGGGAAAACGCGCUACGGUAGUAUGGACGAAUCCAGCCUUGACUGUGUUGAUUUUAGUUGUAGGCUGGGCAAGGAGGGAGGCUAUUUGAGUGUUGCCCAAAUACUUGAUGGCGCCCCGCGUGCUUGUCUUCACGGCGUCAACGAACCUGUCUUGCAAUCUCACGGCACGAAUAUCACGCUACAUGUCUUGUGGCCUGAUCAUACACCGUGGACCACCUUAGUUCGUACCAAAAGUUGGAAGGAUUCCGCGACUCCUAUCACUCAAGGAGAACUAGUUAUACGUCUCGCACGAGCGCUCAAGAGGUUCACAGCUAGUGCUAAACGGGACGUUGUCUCGGCAGCAACAUCGGCGAUACCAGACCCAGGUGAUACUGCGCUAGAAAGCCUCUACCUACUGAGCUUCUAUCAAGUGACACAGGGAGGUUGGCAAGUUGAGCUUGCGAUUGUUGCGCCCACGACGAAUGGGUAGGGGUUAGAAUCGGAUACUAGUAGUACUUCACGUUCUUUCUUGACCUCUCGAUCGCGUUUAUCAUGCAUUUACGGUAUCUGCUCACCUGCUCAUGUUCCUUUCUGCUUAGACUCUGC